CUGAGUGACCUUGGGGGAGUAACACAUAUAGGCAACUGGAGAUGUCAGAUGAUGUUAAACUUUCUACCGAGCUUAACAAAAUCGUUUUGUCGGAAAAAUGUCAAAGUGAAAAGAAAUGUAGGAUAUAAUUUGUCGAGCUUCUAGACUUUUCAGUUCAGCCGAUUGAACCUUUAUUCAAAGAUAUGCAAAAUGGAAUCACUUUUCGGCAGUAUAUUGGCGAAUCAGAUCUAAACAGUAUUAUCCAUCUCAUUGCUAACGAUCUCUCCGAACCUUAUUCUAUAUAUACUUAUCGAUAUUUUAUAUACAACUGGCCCAAACUGUGUUUAUUGGCUGUUAGUGAAGACGGAAAUUGUGUGGGCACAAUUGUUUGUAAAAUGGAAGGUGAUAUAGGAACUGUUCGAAAAGGAUAUAUAGCUAUGCUUGCUGUUGAAGAAAAUCACCGUAGAAUCGGCAUUGGAUCACGAUUGGCUCAACUUGCAAUCGAACUUAUGAUUCAAGAUAGGUGUGAUGAAAUCUCUUUAGAAGCAGAAGUUGACAACAAAGCAGCCCUUUCACUCUAUGAGCAGCUGGGAUUCUACAGAGAUAAAAGGCUUCUUCGUUAUUAUUUAAAUGGAAGAGAUGCUUUUCGGCUAAAAUUGUGGCUUACGCCACGUAUGACCAAUGGUCUUUUAUAGUUUCACUAUUCACUUACUAUGCAUUUGACUUCUUAGUCAUUGUAAAUACUUGCUUUAUUUUCGUUAAACUUGUGGAACUUAGUUUUUUGGUGUACGUUCACUAAAAUUUCGUCCACUAAGAGAUAUCAUAUAACAUGUAAACUGAAUGUUCAUUUCAUUCUUUAAAAUACAUAGUAAUCCUGAUCUAUAUGUGUUUUUAUCCAACGAUAAAUCUGUUUAAUGCACCUAAAAACGGAUUCUCAAUUUAUUUGUUUUAAAAGUCUUUACGGUUGUAGAGUGAAUCUAACGAUAUUCAUAGAAUAGUUAGCAAAAGUGUCCGUGAUGAAAUAAUUCAAUACCCCGGGUUUUUGCUCCGAAACGUACCAAGCUGUUCCUAUUGGUAAAGGUUAUCAACAAAUAAUCCUGAAUCAACGUACAUAUUACCUCCUGUUUUUACCCAGAAACCACGUUUCGGCUGAAAUUUACGUGGCAACUGUAAUUUUGUCGGGUUUCCAGAGUCCGAAAUUAUCAUUGAAGGCAUACAUAUUUCAAGUAUCUUGCAUGUACCUGAUUUGUAUUGCAAAUGCAUUUUACGGGGAGAUAUGUACUUACGUAUUAUUAAAUUAGUGUAUGCUUCAUAGUUUUCUAGUCAGUAAUUAAUAUUGUUCUUUUGUGCAUUUAGUGAUCUAUAGGCAGUGGACAGCUGCCUGUUUGGGCAAGGAGGAUUUCACGUGCGUUUAAUGUAAGAGUAAACACUCGAAAUUUAAUAAGUCUUAUCAAAAUCAAAGUUUGGCUAAAUUUUCGUGUAUAAAAAGUCUUAUUCCUAACACUUUAUAACGACAUAGCCAUUUGCUUAAUAAAUCGUUAAGCUCAUCUUGUUUAUUCAUCUCAUGUUAAAUUUCAUUGGCUGUUUUAUUAGCUGUUGACGAAUUUCAUCGAGUGUUCAUUUAUUUCUAUUAGCAAGUAGGCGAGAUCACUAUUAUGGCGUUGGCACUUCGGUGCAAUAUGUGAAUUCGUAAAACCAAGUGCUGAUUUUAGAAGUUUGUAUUUUUUAUAAACCCUACUUUUAAGUUUCGAGUAAAACUCUAAGAUAACUAUUACCAAGAACAAGUUGUAAAUUAGAUGUAAGGCUAUAUGAUGUCCGUUCAAUAUGAUACAUUUAGUACUUUCCUAAUUUAAAUUAUCAUCAAGUUCUUAGGCAAAAUAAAAUGAUCCCACUUUGUUUCCAUAAGUUCUCAUCAACUGUUUGCAACCCGUGGUUUUUUCAAAAUUAGAAUUACAAACUAGAUUAAUUUUACAUAAAUCGGGUUGCAAGUUAUCUCAAACACACAUUAGCAUAGUACAUCAGAAAUGCAGAUCCAAUUAGUGGGUUAUCUAUUUGCCUGGCUAAGUAUUGUGAUAAUGAAUAGAAAUUUCUUCAUCCGAUUAGUCGUUAACUCCUAAGGCUUUACUUUGAUAGGAUUAUACUGUAUUGUUCGCUUCUCUGGAACAGAUACCACUGUUACAGAAUUAUUAUUAUACACGGGACCCUAGUUACGUGAAAUUGAUGUGGAUGUCCUCAGUUAAUCUUAUUCAUUUUACAACAGAAGUAAGCAAAAUGAAUUUUAUUUAUGACUAAGUAUUCACAAAAAGCCUAGUGAAUCAGUUCGUGGAAGUAUAUCUAGCGCCAGAGUGAUUAGUAAAUUAUGUAAUUUGUUCAGGGACGAUAAUUGAACUAAUUGAAACACUUGAUAUACGUGAGGAUUCUCACCAGAAACCCUAAGAUUAGCUUUAAAAUUGAGAUUUAGCCUGGGUUAGAUCUCACUUCUCUUGAUAAAGAGUCAACCAGAUGAUCCUAGGUCAUUCAGUCAUACAGUUAUUCUUUCUCCCAAAAGUUAAGUUUGAUUUAUGCCUACAAAGAUGCUGGUUAUCAUCGUUGUACGAGAUCAUGCUUAAUAAUUUGAAAUUGAAACUCGGAGACCUUAUACUUUUCUCAGUGGUGUGUAUUUUUCAAAUUUUUUUUGUCAGGGAAGAGUAAUUUAGGUUGUUUUUAAUUUUUUACUUGAUUUUGCCAGUAAUUGGUAUUUUACGCAGAUUUUUGAAUUUCAUAGUUAACAUCAUGAACUGAUCUCAAACAACCAUGGAAAUCAGAAAGUGCGGGAUAUCUGUUUCGUCCUAGCCUGGGACCCACAAAUGGGAUUGGAAGAUGGUUGCGAAUAUCGUGAGUUAACUGGAGUUGAACUUAUAACCCAUCGGUUAUCCGCUCAGUGGUUUGGAAGUGUUUACCGCGACACCGAAUUUCCUGGAUUUAAUCUCUAAUAAGGCCGCAGGCACGCGCUGCUGAGGAGUCCUAUAUUAGAACGAAACAUCUGUCCAGAGCCUUCUGCUUUCAAUAAUUGUCUAACUAAUACCAGUCUACAAUGUUAAUUAUAAUUAGUACUCUACUGAAAGUUACGAACAUAAUAUAGUCAGUACUUAAAAAUAGAAUGAAACCAUUUUAAAUACUUGAGAUUAUGUUAUUUAUUUUCAUAUAUUUAUACAUAUAUGCAUCUGUAUGAAUGUGUAGGGUUUUAUUCUAAUUCUAUUGUAUGAGACAAUAUGAGUCUAUUUUUCUUAAUUCACUUAUAAAUUCGACUAGAAUUUUUCAUUCAAGACAAAAAAAAAUAAACAAAUGAAAUGAACUAAAAAUAAAUAAAUUUCUAUUAAGUUAUUAGACAAAUGGUGAAAUUUCCAAUUUGUCUUUAGUUUAUGAAGAUAUUUAUCAUGAAACAUUUAUAUUACUUUCUUUUUCCCUAAUGACUAAUGCAUAAUAUAGGCUUACCA